CAUUCACAGACCCGCCCGCGCCCUGCGGAACGCUGCGACGCAGACGUGUUUCCGGGGGAGGGAAUUCAGCGUGGGACCGGAAGCGCUACGCGGGCUUCCGCGGCUGCUGCGACACAUGGCGGCUCCAGGACAUCCUGCUCGGGAGACAUCGGCAGCUCCAGGGCCAGGGCAGCCUACGUGCAGUGACGCCGCCUCCAGGGCCAUGAAACAUAAGAAGAAGAAAAACCGGAAUGGGGCCUCUGUGGCGAAUGUAGGCGGGAAGGCCUCAGAGAAGCCCGCUGCAGAGGAAGCACCGCUAAGCGCUGAGGCCCAGGCGGAGCAGCUGGCCCGGGAACUGGCCUGGUGCGUGGAGCAGCUGGAGUUGGGGCUGAAGACGCAGAGACCCAACCCUAAGCAGAAAGAGCAAGCUCUCGGGGCAAUCCGAACCCUGAGCAGCCAAAGAACCCCCCUGCCCCGGAAGAGGCAGCUGAUGCGCUCCUUGUUUGGAGACUACAGGGCUCAGAUGGAAGCUGAGUGGCGCGAGGCCCUGCGGGCUCUCAGGACCGCAGCCCACUCGGCCCAGGUGCAGCCUGUAGGUGAGGCCACCAGAAGGAAGAGCCGAAAGGUCUGCAGGCCCCAUCUAGCAAGGGGAGCCAAGGAUAUCCUAGACACUCCUCAUGAAGAGUUCAGGUUCAACUUCUUUUAGCCUCUUCCCCAUCCAGGACAGUCCCCCUUUGCAGGUGGUAGAGGGGUUUGUCUUGAGUGCAGAGCUUUUCCAGGGAUGCUUUGUCAGACAGAUGUGGGAUUGGUCUGUCCCUGGCUGGUCACUGAGUCUUGUGUCGACCCAAUUCACUUGGAGACUCCAACUAUACUGGACGGUCGAAGUAAAGGGGCAGGGUCAGGGGGUGAAGGGGUCUGGCCAGGAUGUGGUGGGUGGAAAUUGGAAAGAGUGGGAGGAGUACUCAUGUCUUAACAGGGAUGUGGUUGGACCUGGCACUGAUGCAACUCCUUUUCAGUCCUUGUAUGGGAGUUUUGGGUUGUUGUCAUGGGAAUUGUCAACCCGGCAUGAUUCUGUUGGGUGUGUCGUUUAGCAUGCUAAUAUAUUACAAUGAACGUGUACUAAGGCUCAAGGUGGGCUGGAAGUCAUAUAUUCUGCAGUUUUGGACCCUAGUCUGUUCUAAUCAGUUUUUGUGCUUUUCUCUAUGCAGCUUCCUCCUGAAACUUAGAUAAGAGUAAUGGGGUUCCACUCAAGGGAGGGGCAGGGGUAUGAACCCGGGACAACAGAGUCUGAUAUUUCAACAUUUUGAUGUAUCUUUUGUCUUCUGUUGUAUGAAAAAUUCAGAAUUCUGUUGUGUGAAAAAAUACAGAAUUGCUUGUGUUUGCAAAUUGAAAGUUGACAGUCUAUAGUCUUUAAGAAUAUUCAGCUAGCUACUUAGAACGCUUUAUUUGAUAUGAGUGGGUCUUUUUAAUGAGAUUUUUGUCUGACUGCAUUGUGUGAUGUCCUCUGAGGCACCACGUUGAUAUUUCUGCUGUCUUAACAAAGGAGUUUCCAGUCACAUAUGUUUUCCUGACCAUGUCCUGCAUUUUAUCUUUGUUUAGAAUCCUUUUUCUCGGGGAGGCAAUAAAGUUUAUUUUGGGAGAUACUGUUAAGCAAAAUUAAAGUUGUGUACGUUAGCAACUGUUGAAUGAAAUAAAUGCACAGCCUAAAAGU